GUAGUCUCGCGAGAGGUGGGGUCCGGCGGAAAAUGGCGGCGGCGGGGGAAGCUGUGGCUCCGGCCACUGAAGAGGCUGGCGAAGGAGAACCGGCCCCGCCGCCGGCUGCGGAAUCGAUGGCCGGGGAAACCUCGGGCCCAACCGAACAGGGAGCCGGAGACUCGGAGACCGGGGGUGAUGCAUCUUUGGCCGAUGUCACUGCUGCCAUGGAGACAGAAUCGUCCAGUGGAAAGGAUGCCUUGGAGGGUGUUGGAGAUAAUUCAGAAGUUAUGGAUAAUCAGACUGGCUCAGUAGAUGAAGACAAUGGACGGCAAUUGGGGGAGAUUGAGCUUCAGUGUGGGAUUUGCACCAAGUGGUUCACUGCAGAAACCUUUGGCAUUGAUACCACGUCCUGUCUACCUUUUAUGACUAACUACAGUUUCCAUUGCAACAUCUGCCAUCAUAGUGGAAAUACAUAUUUCUUAAGGAAACAAGCAAACCUGAAGGAAAUGUGUCUCAGUGCUCUGGCAAACCUAACUUGGCAAUCGAGAUCUCAAGAUGAACACCCCAAAACUAUGUUCUCAAAAGACAAGGAUAUUAUACCCUUUAUCGAUAAAUACUGGGAGUAUAUGACAACAAGGCAAAGACCAGGAAAAAUGACUUGGCCGAAUAAUAUUGUGAAAACAAUGUGUAAGGAAAGGGAUGUGUUCUUGGUGAAAGAGCAUCCGGACCCAGGAAGCAAAGAUCCAGAGGAGGAUUACCCUAAAUUUGGACUCUUAGACCAGGACCUAGGCAAUAUUGGCCCUGCUUAUGACAACCAGAAACAGAGCAGCACAGUGUCUACUAGCGGAAGUCUCAAUGGUGGAGCCUCUUUGGGAGGAGGUAUUGUCGCAGGAAGCAGCGGGAAAGGAAGAGGAGCAAAACGCAAGCAACAGGAAGGAGGGUCUACAGGGACAGCCAAAAAAACUAGAAGUGAUCCUUUGUUCUCUGCUCAACGCCUUCCACCACACGGCUACCCUUUGGAACACCCUUUUAACAAAGAUGGCUAUCGCUACAUUUUGGCAGAGCCGGACCCCCACGCACCUGAUCCGGAGAAGCUGGAGCUCGACUGUUGGGCAGGAAAACCCAUCCCUGGAGAUCUGUACCGAGCCUGCCUCUAUGAACGGGUCCUCCUGGCUCUUCAUGACCGAGCACCGCAGUUGAAGAUCUCUGAUGACAGGCUAACCGUCAUAGGAGAAAAGGGCUAUUCCAUGGUACGGGCCUCCCAUGGAGUACGAAAGGGAGCCUGGUAUUUUGAGAUUUCUGUGGAUGAGAUGCCCCCUGAAACGGCUGCCAGGCUUGGUUGGUCACAGCCACUGGGGAAUCUACAGGCUCCUUUGGGCUAUGACAAAUUCAGCUACUCCUGGCGUAGCAAGAAAGGCACAAAGUUCCAUCAGUCCAUUGGUAAACAUUAUUCGUCAGGCUACGGCCAAGGAGAUGUGCUUGGUUUUUAUAUCAACCUGCCUGAAGACACAGAAACUGCCAAAUCACUCCCGGAUACUUAUAAAGACAAGGCUUUGAUCAAGUUCAAAAGCUACCUGUACUUUGAAGAGAAGGACUUUGUGGAUAAAGCAGAGAAGAGUUUAAAACAAGCUUCUGGAAGCCAAAUAAUCUUCUACAAAAAUGGUGCCAGUCAGGGAGCUGCAUAUAAAGAUAUUUUUGAAGGCGUCUAUUUCCCUGCUGUCUCGCUGUAUAAAGGCUGCACGGUCUCUAUAAACUUCGGUCCUUACUUCAAAUACCCUCCAAGAGAUAUCAGUUACCGCCCGGAUUCCUCCCCCCCUUUCCUUCCUCAUUUUUGUUCCCAUUUCCCCCUUUUUUUCCCUUGCUCCCCCAGAUCAGCGACAUGGGCUGGGUCGCUGUGGUAGAGCAUACUCUGGCUGAUGUCCUUUAUCAUGUAGAAACAGAAGUCGACGGGCGACGGAGCCCACCUUGGGAGCCUUGAGAGACAUCAGGAUUUUUUUUUUUUGUAUUUUUUACAGAACCAAAACAGUAUCACUGGAUGUAAAGUGGAAAUAGAAUAAAUCUGUUUUUUUAAAUAAAAAAAUCUGGAGUUGAUCAGACUCUCAAUUGAUUCCUUCUGGCAACCUGUGGGCAGGGCCAGUGGUUCACUUGCUUAUUCAUAGAAAUCACUUCAAGGUAAAAGAAGAAAUGGAAGUACACUUCCUCCAAAAUGCCUCUCUGCAUAAGGAGAAAAGUCUCCACAAAAGGGAGAUUUGUGCUAUUGUUUUAUGGAACCCAAGCAAUACAUGAAAAAAGUCUUAAGCAUGAAGCCUUACUCUUCUUUGUGACCGUCUUGGUGCUCCUUGGCUCCUUGAGGAGACACAACUUUUGUGAUUCCACUCCUUUCACUCACCAGCUAGUCUCCAAAAGCAAGGUAACACGACUGUUAAAUUACCCCAAUUGCUCUGCUAGCUUUAUUUGUACCCUGCCUCAUCUCCCUGGAGAGACUCGGGGUGGCUUGGGUUGGGGAAAGGCCACCACUUAAUGGAAGGCUUUCCCUCUAAAAUAUAUCUUAAAAGGAGGAAUUGGUUCACCUUUUCAACUCUCCAGUUUUUGGGGUUGUCUCUGGCAGCCCUUUUUGGUACAUUUUAGUAAGUCACAUUUGUGACUUACUAAAAGUGCUUUAGCACAGCGGGUUAAACCACCAGCUGAAGGAAAUCUUGCCGAUCGAAAGGUCAGCAGUUCAAGCUUGGGUUGGGGUGAGCUCCCGCCAUCAACCCAGCUUCUGCUCACCUAACAGAUCGAAAAUAGACAUUGUGAAUAGAUAAAUAGGUACCACUUGCCAGGGAGGUAAUAAAAGGUGCCCAUAAGAACAUGCCUUCGAUUCGAUCGGGAGGACGUUUACGAACAACAACAAAAUCCACGGCAUGGAAGAUGGAGCGACAGCACCAUCCCAUGGCCUAACUCGAGUACAGCUUCCGGAUGGAAAAAGAUGGGAAAAGCCUAUAUACCUUUGUUUAUGUAUUGUCUGUCCUUGUUAAUUGUAUAACGGCAUUGAAUGUUUGCCGUAUAUGUCUUCUGUAAUCCACCCUGAGUCCCCUUUAGGGAGAUAGAGCGGAAUAAAAAUAAAUAUUAUGUCAUUGAAACAGA